GCGAUGGCUCGAAUAGUGUGUGCGUGAGAGGGAGAGGAAGAGGUGCUUUUAAAAGGGAAGGUUCUCCAGGAAGUAGGAGCGUCUUCACUCCGCUUUCUUCUCCGCAGACUCUGGAUUCUCCGUGGGGCCGUGACUCAUUUACACCGGAGCGGAAGAAAGAAAGAUUCCUCUCGAAGGAGAGAAGGGAACCAGUCUGUUAACGGGGAUAACCUGGUUUCCGUUUCCCUGAGGCCGUUCUUGAGCUCCUUGUGUAACGUUUGUUGUAGAGAUGCCUCCACCGCUUGAAAAUGAAACCAAUUCUACAAAUUUUACCCAUCCACAUCCUCCUCUGAACGAGAGGAUACUUUCAUCGUUGUCAAGAAGAUCUGUUGCUGCUCAUCCUUGGCAUGAUCUUGAGAUAGGACCUGGAGCUCCUACCAUUUUCAAUUGUGUUGUAGAGAUUGGAAAAGGUAGCAAGGUGAAAUAUGAGCUGGAUAAGAAAACGGGUUUGAUCAAGGUGGACCGAGUAUUGUACUCAUCUGUGGUUUAUCCUCACAACUAUGGUUUUAUCCCACGUACUCUUUGUGAGGACAGUGAUCCCAUGGAUGUCCUAAUCAUCAUGCAGGAACCUGUUCUUCCUGGUUGUUUCUUACGUGCUAAAGCUAUUGGACUCAUGCCUAUGAUUGACCAGGGAGAAAAGGAUGAUAAGAUCAUUGCUGUUUGUGCUGAUGAUCCUGAAUACCGGCACUAUACAGACAUCAAGGAGCUGCCUCCUCAUCGCUUAGCUGAGAUCAGACGCUUUUUUGAAGACUACAAGAAGAAUGAAAACAAAGAAGUUGCAGUCAAUGACUUCCUACCUGCAUCUGCGGCCUAUCAAGCCAUUCAACACUCAAUGGAUCUCUAUGCCACAUACAUCGUAGAGAGCCUGAGGAGGUAGACCUGCUGGCUCUUUGAGGUGGAUUUGAGGAAGCAUGUCACCCAUUUAUACUUUUGUGUUCUACAUAGAAUUUACUUCGCCAUAUAUGGUUAUUUUCUUGGUAUGUUUCAAUUUUCAUGUGACUUCACCGUAACCCUCUCGACUAUGGUACUGCCCAAUAUAUAAACUGAAACCGUUCAAUUUGUC